AUGGCACCCGCGGCAGACAUAGUCGUCGACGAGACAAAACGUCUCGUGGGUAACAUGGAAGGGUUGGAUCUCCUCGAAACCCUCGAGUCCAUGCAGCGGCGAUUAGACGCCCUGGAGCAGUCCGCCAAACUGUCAGAGGAAAAGCAUAUCAGAGCCAUGAUGACACUUCGGAGGCCCAUCUACAAAUCUCCCAAUUCAAUAUCUCGAUACCGACGGAACGCGCUGGUCUAUGGCGGUUCGGUCCUCGUAGACCUUGACAUUGUGCAAUUUAUUACCGAUGACGCCUCUGAGUUUGGUGUGUGGUCUAGCGGGUUCGAGGACAUAUAUGGCAUGCCGUAUAGCUAUGGCAAGUUGAUCUCCCACGGGUCAAAGAUGGUGGCUCUAGCAGAUGCCCGCGCCGACCUUGAACUACUUGAGGCUUUUGAAGCCUACCGCCAAACCUACCUGCCAAAGUGCGAUGCCAUCAUCAGGCUAUGGAAGGCUGCUAUUGACGAUGGGCAAGACCCCGAAGGGAUUUUCAGAUCGCCGGCUGCUAUGGACUUGUAUAAUAGGAUUAUGCAUUCGUUUAAUUCUGUGUUAUCAUAUUAA